AUGUCCAGCAACGAAGAUGUUCCUGCAGAUGUCGAGGCUUUGGAAGAUGCUUCAGAGCGAUCCUCACAAUCAGAACCUGAUCUGAACCCUGAGGAUGCUGCGAGCGACGAUGCAGCACAUGAGCAUCAGCAAAUGGAUGUCGGAGAGACAUCUGAGGCGAUAGAGAGUGAGCGGUACUGUCGAAUCUGCUUUGACCAUGAAGACGAUGAAGACAACCCGUUGAUCUCUCCUUGCAACUGCACUGGAAGUCAGAAGUACAUUCACAGCAAAUGCCUGAAAACUUGGCAAUUCUCCGUCCAGAUCAGCUCACCCAACCAUCCGCUCUUCCAAUCACAGGAUGAAAGACAUAAGAUCUGCAGCGUCUGUCGUCAACCCUUCAACUGCCCCCCUGCGUCAAGGAUGGACAUCAUAGCCGAGAUCAGUGGAGUUCCGCCUCGAUAUAUCUCUAGUGGCCUCGCCCUCAUCUCAACGGAAAACGAAAACUUGCUUCGCAACUCGGAAUCGCCGACGUUGCUGGAGGUGUUGUUCCAUCGGAGAUGGUCCCAUUGGAAUCGAGCAGUUUACCUCAUAACAAGAGUCGUGCAGGAGACUGAGGGGCAGCUGCUGCCGGGAGAUGCUGUGAAGGGUGUCAAUGUGACGGCUAUCAUGGACGCAACGGACAACGUACGGCCAUACUACUUCCGGGGUGGACCUGUCAUGCCUGAUCACGCUCUAGCAGUCGGGUUUGUGAGCUCAGUGGAUGGUAUGCAAGAGAAUAGCAGCGUAUCUGUUAUAUGCCAGGGUGAACAAUCCUUUGGAAUAUUCGGCGAUGCAAAGGAAGAGUGUGGGAUUCAGAAAUCAGACAAGGAAGGCAAGAUCUGUGUGCCCGUCUACAUCUUUCUUGGACAUGCCACGUGGACGAGGAUGCAGCUGCUGGGAGAGAUCUCGAGGUUGGAUGAGAGUCAGGGAGAGGCGCCAAUAUCUCACAGGAUCGGGUUGUGGAGGAGGAUGCUGCAAAGCGGGCUGGUGGUGUAUGCGCAGAACAACCGAAUGAAAGAUGAAUUUCUAGAGCGUCGAAGAGAGUUGAUGCAGAGCUUAUCUCAGUUCUGA